CCUGCUUGGGUGGAGCUGCCACGUGUCUCGCAGUGUCCCCGUGGGGCCUGGGGACAUGCUCACCAGUGGGGCUGGUUCCCAGGGGCCGUGGGAGCUGGGCGAGGCCCGGUGGCUUCUUCGGAGGCAGCAAGGGUCAGCCUCACUGCGGGAGGGGACCCUCCUUCCUCCGGGGCCGUGCAGGGACACUGCUCAGCAGGAUGCCCCAACACAGGCCCCAGGGCUCGCCACGGCCUCCUCUCCCUGCCUGGGCUGCGGUGGACCCGGGGCAGGUGGAGCUGCUGAGCAGGCCAUGCGUGUCUGCCAACACGCCUGGGCUUGCCCAGGUCGGGGACUGCAGAGCAAGGAUGAAGUGAGGUUCUCCUCACCUGCAGUCUGAUGCCCGUCCCACCCUGCGAUGAGUCUAUGAGCCCCCUCCGGAUCAGCGUUGGUGGUCUGCCUGUCCUCGCGUCCAUGACCAAGGGUGCUGACCCCCGCUUCCGACUGCGCUGGAAGGCCAUCGUGCUGUCGUCAGCCUGUUUGGGGUUUGUGCUGCUGCUCUUCUGCCUGCACCGGUCCUCCCCAGCACGGCACGGCCCGCCCAAUCCUCACAACUGGCAGCUCAGCCUGCAGGCAGGGGACCGCUACAAUGACACCUACCCGCUGUCCCCACCCCAGAGGAACCCCGAGGGCGUGCGCUACCGCAUCGGAGUCAUCGCGGACCUGGACACGCAGUCCCGGGGCUCUGAGGAGCACACAUGGUUCAGUUACCUGAAGAAGGGCUACCUGGUGCUGUCAGACAGUGGGGACAGCGUGACGGUGGAGUGGGACAAAGAUGAGAGCGUGCUGCAGUCCCACCUGGCUGAGAAGGGCAGGGGCAUGGAGCUCUCCGAGCUGGUCGUCUUUAACGGGAAGCUGUACGCUGUGGACGACCGGACAGGAGUGGUCUAUCAGAUUGAGGGCAACAAGGUGGUGCCCUGGGUGAUCCUUCCGGACGGGGAUGGCACAGUGGGGAAAGGCUUCAAGGCAGAAUGGCUGGCGGUGAAGGACGAACACCUCUACGUGGGGGGACUGGGCAAGGAGUGGACCACGACGACGGGGGAGGUGGUGAAUGAGAACCCCGAGUGGGUGAAGGUUGUCGGCUACAAGGGCGACGUGGGCCAUGAGAACUGGGUGGCAAACUACAACGCGCUGAGGGCUGCAGCGGGCAUCCGACCCCCAGGUUACCUGAUCCACGAGUCGGUGUCCUGGAGCGACACGCUGCAGCGCUGGUUCUUCCUGCCGCGCCGCGCCAGCCACGAGCGCUACAACGAGAAGGCGGAUGAGCGGCGCGGCACCAACCUGCUGCUGAGCUCCACACAGGACUUCGGGGACGUGACAGUUGGACGCGUGGGGGACGUGGUCCCCACUCAUGGCUUCUCCUCCUUCAAGUUCAUCCCGGACACGGACGACCAGAUCAUUGUGGCGCUGAAAUCGGAGGAGGACAACGGCAAGAUCGCCAGCUACAUCAUGGCCUUCACGCUGGAUGGACGCUUCCUCCUGCCCGAGACCAGGAUCGGGAGCGUGAAAUACGAGGGCAUUGAGUUUAUUUAACGACUGUUGCACUGGACCGGAGGGGCGCGGGGCCUCUGCCAGCCGGGGGCAGCCGCGGGCUCAGCCGAGGGAUGCCGGGCUCCGCUCCCAGCUCUGUACUUGGCCUUGGCGCUCCCGUAAAGCAUUGGCUCUGGUGCA